AUGCAGAUCCACGCACCCGCCGCCCCUGUGGGCUCCCGUCCCUUUUUCCCGCCGCCGUCAAGGUUGCCGGAAAAUUCCAUGUCAAAGCGGUGCAUAUUUGCGUCGUUUUGCUCGAAUGAUCCGGCAGGACACAAUGUCUCUAAUUGGAUAGCGUGUUAUAAUCCUUCUGAUAACACGUUGAGCUUUGUUAGCCAAAUCCCCGACCUAAUAGAGAACCAUGUGUUGAAAGAUUUCGCCAUGGUAUCCAUCAGAGAUUCGAUUUACAUAAUUGGUGGCCGGCUCUGCUCGAAAGAUAGAACCGAAAAUGGGAAUGGAUCUGAAGAGGUUUUUGAUGUUGAUGUGAAAAUACUCCCUUCAGUAUACAACUACAAUGCCAUUAGUGGGCAAUGGUCUAAAUGUGCACCGCUAAAUGUACCGCGCUAUAAUUUUGCUUGUACCAUUUGGGACAACAAGAUCUACGUGGCAGGAGGGCAGUCCACGCUGGGCAGUGCUAGGGCCAUCUCGUCUGCAGAGGUGUACGAUCCCGUCUUGGAUCAAUGGGUCCCACUACAAAACAUGACUAGGAAAAGAUACAAGUGUGUGGGUGUGACGUGGCAAGGAAAAAUCUAUGUGGUGGGUGGGUUUGUGGAAGGGGGAAUGCAAUAUGUGGAGCGUUGCUCGGCCGAUGUGUAUGACGUGGCAAGCGAUCAGUGGGGUCUUGUGGCAGGGAUGUGGCAAUUGGACGUGCCACCUAAUCAAAUUGUUGACGUGGAUGGUAGGUUGUUUAGCUCCGGGGAUUGCCUUACUGCAUGGAAGGGUCACAUUGAAGCCUAUGAUGGGCAACUCAACAUUUGGUACAUGGUUGAAGGAUCACAAAAGAGAUUUUUUCCAUGCGAGGAAAUCGGGCAGCCCAUUGAACGAGUAUACUUGACAAUGGCCCCGCUGGGGUCUCAUCUCUACUUCUUGGUGGGCUAUCGAACGACUGAUGAGCCAUCAAAGACAAUAUCAAUGGUCCAUUCUUUUGACACAUCAGAAGGUAGAUGGAAGAGUUUUGAACCAAUACAAUAUGAUGGAGAAAGGGAGCUUUGUAGCCAUUGUUGUGUAGUUCACCACUCUUAA